UGUAACAGGUACAAGUAUGUUAUGUACAUGCCUAUAUAUAUAUAUUCAAGAUAAUCUGACAUCCAUAUGACAGCAAGGUACGUGUGUGUAUUUUCAAAUGAUAGCUAUUGAAUUUCCGACAAAAUAUAAUUACGCAAACGUUAUAAGACUAUUUUAAAUUACAUUUAUGUCAUUUUUACACAAAGUUAUGAAGCAAUUUUAGCGUUUUUAUCAUUUCCAUAGUACCUUUUCUUGUAUGCAGACGUGUUUCAUUAUGAUUUUGAUGAUUCAAUAACAAUACAUUUGAUUUUAAUAUUUCGUCAUUUAUUGAUGACCAUAUGGUGUUAUGUUUGUAUAUUGACUAUGCAAAGAUGGGCAGCGGAUAAAGAUUCUACCACAACCUUGGCGAAAAACUCAUGAAUGGAAUAACAAGAUAAACGUCUGAACUUAUUAUUGCGUUGUUGUGACGUGUUUUAACUUAAAUCACAUUGAAAUACACAAGCAUAAGAUAUGAACGCUUUUAAAUCUGUUCAUGAUUUUAUUUGCACGAAAUCAAACGACAUUUCAAAAAUACUUACUUAACAUACUGCGAAUCAGAGCAGAUAUUUGUUCGGUUUCAUAUAUCAGGUUCACUGAUAAUAUCAAUUAUCCGGACUGUAGUAUCUCGAGACGCUUACCGAGGACAUCGUAUCGUUCAAACCUUCCGGAAAGCUUCGACUCUCAGAUGUCCGUAUCCUGAUGCUUGGCCCAAUAGGGACGGGCAAGUCGAUCUUCUACAAUACAAUCAACUCUGUGUUCAAGGGCCGCAUCUCUCGAAGUGCCCCCUGUGGGCUUUCUACCAAUGGCAUAACUAUUGCGUACACCAUAUAUGAAGUAUAUGUGAGGUCUAGAGCAUCGUUGAAUAUUUCCUUCUCUGUGAUACACGCGGUCUAAAAGUCACUCAAGGUCUUUACAGUCUGGAGUGUAACUACCUGCUAGAUGCGGACAUCCCAGAUUUUUAUCAGUUUAAUCCAGUCUCCCCAAUCAGCCCCGCCAACCCCGGGUUCGUGCAUCAACCAAUGGUUACAGACCAAAUCCACUGCGUUCUGUUCAGAAACGACGCGGCUACAGUUGGGGACAUACCACAGAAAUUGGUCGACAAGAAGCACAGUUUCCAAAAACUUGUUAAUCUUAAAGGAAUUCCACAAGUAGUACUUUUAACAAAAGUCGAUCUGGCCUGUAAGGAAGUGGCCAGUAACAUCACCAACGUGUUCAAGAGCAAGGAAAUUGAGGCAGCUGUGGACAAGGCAUCAAACCCUCUCGGCUUGCCUAGAAACCAUGCACUUCCGGUGAAGAACUACGAGACUGAGAUGGAGCUUGAUGACAACAUCAGCAUCCUGGCCUUGAUGGCACUGCGUCAGGUGCUGCACUUUGCAGAGGAUUACAUCCAGGUCUUCAGAACAAACUGAAAGUGUGUGGUGUUUCUAGCGAGAAGCUGGACAAACGAGAAUCAUUAGUAAAGGCAGUGACCAAGAAUAAUAGGAGACACCGCAUUGCUUUUCUCCAAUGAUUUCUAAUUGAAAAUCAAUGUGUAUAUCUCGUUACUUAAACUAGAUAAUCGGAUUAUUCAUUUAUGGCUUAAAAAGCUAAACGGAAAUUAUAUAUUCGUUACGAAUUGGUUAUUUGAUGCAUGGUUAAUGGUUAAUUAUUAUAUUAACAUAUGUUAUAUGUCUAAUAUCAAUAUGUAUAUUAACAAAGGAACUAUUUAUGCUGUGUGCUUUAAUUUUUUACAUUGUUUUACAUUUGUUAUAUAUGUUACGCAGUAAUUGUGUAUAUAUUACAUAAUAUCUAUUUCAUUUGUUGGAUUGUCCCAACAGUAUACUUAACCGAAAGUUACAAUUGCAUGCAUUCUUUUUUCACUUUCAAACUAAGUAAAGU